GGUUAUCAAUAAAAAUAUUAUCAAACCGAGGAUUGUUCUCACAAUCUUCUUGUGCCUUACGCGAGUUGGGCAAUUGGAAAAAUUAUCCGGCUUCUUAGGUUUCAUCAGAACUCCACAACUCCCCAGCAUCUUCACUGAGGUUUAAUUACUACCGGAGGCAAUACUCUUCUCCGAUUUGGCUCCACGCAAUCUUGCUAUCUUCUCUCUGUCUACACUAUAGAGAGAAAAUCUUAAAGCGAAAGAAGUAAUCAUGGCAGAAGUUAUGAUAAUGAACGAGUUUGAGGUCACGGCGUCUCGUCUCGGUAUUGAUCUCUCACAAUUGGAUCUGGAUUCUAUUCAGCUUCCUCCAGGGGACGACUUCGGCAUCGUCAGUGAUGAUGAAGAUGUUUACGAAGAGGACAACAUGGAUUUUGACACUGGGUUUGGCAACAUCAUUGUUGUUGAUAAUCUCCCAGUCAUUACCUUGGAAAGAUUUAAAAAGCUUGAACUAGUUAUUCAAAAAAUCUAUAACCAGAUUGGUGUUAUUAAGGAGGAUGGCCUCUGGAUGCCUCUUGAUCCUGGGACCAACGAAACCUUAGGUUACUGCUUCAUUGAGUAUAACACCGUGCAGGAAGCAGAGCUUGCCAAGGAGAAGACGCAUGGGUACAGGUUGGAUAAAUCCCAUAUUUUUGCUGUCAACAUGUUUGAUGACUUUGAUAGAUUCAUGAAAGUUCCACAUCAGUGGGCUCCUCCAGAAGUUAUGCCAUAUGUUCCAGGGGAAAACCUUCAAGAGUGGCUGACUGAUGAAAAAGCUCGAGAUCAGUUUGUAAUUCAUGCUGGUUCAGAUACUGAAGUUCUAUGGAAUGAUGCAAGACAUCUAAAGCCUGACCCUGUGUAUAAGCAUUCUUACUGGACUGAAAGUUUUGUGCAAUGGUCUCCUCUUGGGACUUACCUGGCAACAGUUCACAGACAAGGUGCUGCUGUCUGGGGAGGCGCAACUACAUUUAAUCGCCUAAUGCGCUAUGCCCAUCCUCAGGUUAAACUAAUUGACUUUUCUCCUGGUGAGAAAUACUUGGUGACCUACAGCGGCCAUGAACCGAGCAAGCCACGUGAUGCAAAUAGGGUUGUGAUUAACAUUUUUGAUGUGAGAACUGGGAAAGUAAUGAGAGAUUUUAAGGGAAAUGCUGAUGAUUUUGCAAUUGGAGGAGCUGGGGGUGUAACAGGGGUACCAUGGCCUAUUUUCAGGUGGGGUGGCGGAAGAGAGGACAAGUAUUUUGCUAGACUUGGGAAAAAUAUGAUUUCUGUUUAUGAAACUGAGACCUUCAGCCUUAUUGACAAGAAAUCCUUGAAGGUUGAAAACGUCUUGGAUUUUAGCUGGUCUCCAACUGACCCCAUUAUUGCUCUCUUUGUCCCUGAACUUGGUGGUGGGAAUCAGCCUGCCAGGGUGAGUCUUGUCCAAAUUCCGAGCAAAGAAGAAUUAAGGCAAAAGAAUCUUUUCAGUGUUAGUGAUUGUAAGAUGUACUGGCAAAGCAAUGGGGACUACCUCGCUGUUAAGGUUGAUCGCUAUACAAAAACAAAGAAGAGUACAUACAGUGGUUUUGAGCUUUUCCGAAUAAAAGAACGGGACAUUCCCAUUGAAGUUUUAGAGCUUGACAAUAAGAAUGACAAGAUCAUUGCAUUUGCCUGGGAGCCGAAAGGCCACAGGUUUGCUGUUAUUCAUGGUGAUAGCCCAAGGCCUGACGUGAGUUUUUACUCGAUGCGGACUGCUCACAAUACAGGCCGCGUUUCAAAACUCGCUACUCUUAAGGGCAAACAGGCAAAUGCUCUUUUCUGGUCACCAGAUGGCCACUUUGUAAUUCUCGCUGGACUGAGAGGUUUCAAUGGACAGCUGGAGUUUUAUAAUGUUGAUGAUCUUGAACCAAUGGCUACAACUGAGCAUUUUAUGGCAACAGAUAUUGAAUGGGAUCCUACGGGAAGGUAUGUAGCAACAGCAGUUACGUCAGUACAUGAGAUGGAAAAUGGUUUCAACAUAUGGUCCUUCAAUGGAAAGUUAUUAUAUAGGAUACUAAAGGAUAAUUUCUUUCAGUUUCUAUGGCGUCCAAGACCACCAUCUUUCUUGAGUCCUGAAAAGGAGGAAGAGAUUGCGAAGAACUUGAAGAAAUAUAGCAAGAAGUACGAGGCAGGGGAUCAAGAUGUGUCCAUGCUUUUGAGUGAGCAGGAUCGUGAGAAGAGGAGGAUGUUAAAUGAUGAAUGGGACAAAUGGGUCAGCAAAUGGAAGCAUUUGCAUGAAGAAGACAAAUUGGAGAGGCAAAAGCUACGGGAUGGAGAAGCUAGCGAUGAGGGAGAGGAAUACGAGGACAAGGAAGUUCAGGUUGAGGAGGUGUUGGAGAUAUCUGAGGAGAUUGUUUCUUCUGAAUACGAACAGGAGUGAGUUAUCAUAUACAACUAAUUGCUAGUGAUCAGAAAGUUUUCGUAAUAUGCAAGUUUUGUUGACAUGAUGUAGGGGAGUUGCUUGAAUAUUUCUGAUAUAGUCAAAUUUGUUUAAUAAUUUUCAUGUCCAUUGAAGUGAUAGUGUUUGGAAGCUGAUGAGCCAUGUCAAAAUUUCUUCAUUUAUUGAUCUCCAGUUUACGUCUGCAAUUGACAACA